UAUGGGACGUUCAAUGCUGAAGCUCCCUAAUGGCCGCCAACAGAUAUUCGUUCGUGAUAUUUAUUGCCACAGCUAUCAUUUUUGUUGUCCUGUUGACUGUAUUUGGUUACUACGGUGGCGGUACUUCAAUUUCGUUAAAUCAUAAAAAAAUAUAUCAUCCUCGUUUACUUUGUUGGAUUCUCACUACCAAGAAAAACUUUAAAACGAAAGCGAAAGCGGUGAAAGACACAUGGUCCAGCAGGUGUGAUGUCAGAUUAUUCGUUGCUUCAGACAAAGAUGACGAUUUAAACACAACAGUCUUCAACAUAACAGACUCCAGAGAGACUUUGACACAAAAAACUUUCGCUGCAUUUGAGUAUGCCUACAAGCAUCAUAUCAAUGACGCGGAUUGGUUUCUCAAAGCAGACGACGAUACAUACGUCAUCAUAGACAACUUACGUCACUUGCUGACGUCAUACAAUUCAGAUCAACCUUGGUACCUGGGUCACCCUAUACCGUGUUGUCCUCUGCCGCCCCACCCCCCAGCCGAACCUUACAUGAGCGGGGGUGCGGGAUACGUCAUUAGUAAAGGUGCUUUAGAGAAAUUUUACCGAGUGGGAUUAGGUCAAAAGCUUUGUCCAACCACAGGAAAUUAUGAAGACAUGGACUUUGGAAAAUGUUUACAUAAAAUCGGCAUUAAAAUUGGGAAAUCACAAGAUUCAAAUCAUAGGACACUUUUUCAUCCCUUUCACCCCGUCACAAUGAUAAAUGGAGCUGACCCCAACCUUCCAACGUGGUUUUACAUAUCUAGGUAUCCGGGCCUGGCGGGAAAUACCAAGGGCAUAGACACACUGAGCGAGGACACGGUGUCGUUUCACUACGUGGACCCUGGAAGCAUGUAUCUAAUGCAUUUCCUCCUGUACGAUAUCAGACGACCUGCCAGCUGAUGGUGGACUUGAGCGUAUAAAUAGAUUGUUUUGAUGAUUGAUAUCAAUAGAGAGAUUUUAAAAACAAAGGGGGGGGGGGGGUGCGCCACCCUCCCAAGCUCUCU